GAGAGAAGUAUCAUCACAGAGCACUGGAAGCACCUCAAGACACAGCAUACAGCCAAGUGUUCAGCUGGCAGAUAUUUCUAAACAGCAAGCAGUAACGACUAACAUCCAAGUUGUGCACAGUAUGGUGGCAUACACAACUGCACCAGGUGACGUGGAGAUGGGUCUUGAGGAGAGGACAGUGGUUAUGGUAGAAAAGAAGUCCUCUACACAGCGGAUAUGGACGGUGUCUGGGGCCAUUCUCAUUGUGGCCCUGUGUUUUGGAGGUGUCCUGCUGUUUGCUUGGUACUGGAGUGGAAAGCCAGAAAUGAUGACGCAAUCAGGCCAAACCGAAGCACUAAUCGAGAAGGACACUGCUGAGAAAACAGAUCCCCACUACACACUGAAGCGCAUCAGCAGCAAAGCCAAGGCAGCCAUCCAUUUAGAAGGUAGCUACGACGACGAGAGUUUGACAGCCGAGCUAGAGUGGAAGGAUGGCCAAGGCCAAGCUUUCGCUCAAGGCGGCUUCCAACUGGCAAACAACCAGAUUGUCAUCCCACAAUCUGGCCUCUACUUCGUCUACAGCCAGGCGUCGUUCAGAGUCUCCUGCAACGAUGGUGAAGAGGAAAGCGCAGGAAAACGCCUCACACCUCUCAGCCACAGGAUCUGGCGCUACUCAGACUCCAUAGGCAGCAGAGCCUCUCUGAUGAGCGCGGUGAGAUCAGCGUGCCAAAACACCGCUCAGGAGGACAGCUACAGAAGCGGACAGGGCUGGUACAAUGCCAUUUAUCUGGGCGCAGUGUUUCAGCUGAAUAAAGGAGACAAACUGUGGACAGAAACUAACCAGCCAUCACAGCUGGAGACCGACGAGGGCAAGACUUUCUUUGGUGUGUUUGCACUUUAAAAUGACUCUUUGCUGUGAAACUAAGAGAAAUGAUACACAGCUCUGCACAGUGCCAUAAGUUUUCUUGUUUUUUUAACAAUUCUUUUGUUAUUCAUCUUUAUGGUGAUGUAGACAUUUUUAAAUCUCAAUGGAGAUAAAGCUUGUAGCUGAACAGGCAGUCCUGAUUUUUUAAAAUCCUAUAAACUGUAACAGUUUGUAACAUUAUUUCUAUUUUAGGCACUUUUUGUACAUUAUUUAUGUUGACCUGAGAUUGUAGUAGGCUAGACUUUCUCUGCUGUAUUAGAUGACGACACAGCUCUUCACUGGAGAGUUUAGGUUCAAGGAUUAUGAGGAUUAUGUACAGAACUAUUAUCAUAUACUAUGACAUCCUGUAUGUAUUUAUUUGUAUUUAUUUAUAUUUAAAUUGUUGGGAUUAGGAGAAUAUUAUAUUUAUAUUUACUUUAUGUGCACA